AUCUAUCUGAUCGAUCGAUCGAUCGAUCGAUUGAUUGAUUGAUUGAUUGAUUGAUUGAUUAAUUGAUUGAGUGAUUGGCCAAGGACUGUAGGAGGACUGUCGGGACGGGAAUACUGGGGACAGUUAUAAGGUCGAAGGUGGAGGAUCUAUCUGAUCGAUCGAUUGAUUGAUUGAUUGAUUGGGGGUACGAACGAAGGGAUGGCGACCACGUGUGCAUGGAGAGCGCCGGGGAGUGGGAGCGAGAAGGCAUCGUUGACGAUAACAGCAGCAAGUAUGAUGACAGCUAACAGAGGUGCGGCAGAUGCCGACGGGGCUGGGUCGAGUUCGCUGGAUCCGAAUGAUGAGGAGAAUCAGUGUAAUAUCUGUUUGGGAGAGGAAGGGGCGCCGGACACGUAUUUCUAUCCUUGUGGUCACAAGGCUUGUGAUGCCUGUGUCAAGAAAAUACGCCAUUCCAACAUUUACAAGGCAGACAAAGGUGUUAGAUGCCCUUUCUGUAGACAAGUUAUUGAAUCUUAUAGUGAUCAGCCUCCGCCACGUCAGCGGAGGCCAUCAUCGUCCGGUACGAGUUCUGGUCCCAAUGGCUCUGGGAAUGGGAAUGAAACUGUGAGACAAGCAUAUGGCCGUUCUGGCAUUGUGUCCAUCGGAGACGGUAAUGACUAUGCUACGCCGAAGAAUAUAACUGGUGAAGCAGGGACAGCACUGAAGCCAGGUAGCCGCGAUUCAGAAUGGCCGCAGGGCUACAAAUUCCCCACACUGAGAGAUGGGGAUGACGUCGUUACCAUGGCCUUUGAUCGCAUGGGUGCAAGGCAUCUAGAUUGGAUGCUUAGGGAAACCUUUCCCAAAAAAUAUCGCGUCGCUAAGACCUGCUUUGAGCACCUCAUGUCGUAUUCUGCAAAGCUAGCUGCACAUGGGACUGGCAAUUAUGUGAUUCAGCGAAUGAUGGACUUUGCGGCGAAUCAUAGGGGAUGUCACACAGAAGGAGAUGUAAUCGCAGGGGCAUACUCGAGGAUAGUGAAAUCAUUAACAAAAGACAAAGGGCUGGUUACGCUGGCGCAAGAUCCGCAUGGUCGAUUUACAGCUCAGAGACUGAUUGUAUCUCUUAAAGGUGAAGAAGAACUGCGAUUAGUGAUGGAGAGCAUCCAGGGCAACAUGCUGAAACUUGCAGUGGAUCAAUUUGGAGUGUGCCUUCUAGAGAGAAUUGUAGAAGUUAUAAUUCCCUCUUUAAAUCCUCCUAAUCCAUCUAUGAAGCCUCGUGUUCCCCCUCCGGCUGCAACAAAGGCAGCUGUACAGUUCUGCACGGAGCUGGGUAGUGACGAGGUUCCUUCUGUGACUUUAAUUAAACUGGGAAAGCAUCCUCUUGCAAGCAUUCUACUUGUGGAAACUAUCCGCUGGUGUUUGCCCAGAGAGGAAGGAUUCAUAGCCGCAAGGAAUAUUUCAAAGCUGUCAGCUGAACUUGCGGGGUCGAAAGGUGGUAACCGUCUUCUGCAAGGGAUUCUAAGUUUAGAUGUGACUGAAAUUGCGGAGACGUUGAUCAUGCGUCUCAAGGGGCGAUAUGCAGGGUUAGCGUUAGAUUAUCAUGGAGGUGGAUGUAAAGUUGUACGUGCAUGUCUGGCAACCCCCUCAGUUGAUGACUAUUGCCGCCUGGAGAUUGUCGACGAAAUGCUGCAGUUGAGGUCCCUCUCUGCUAUAUUCGAGCAACCACAAGCAGUUGAUGUUCUGGCAUUUGGCUUGGCGACGCUCUCAGGCCGAAUGUUGACUGAACGUUUAGGAUUUCUUGCAGCGCAUCCGCGGCACCACCAUGAAGUUCGAGACCUGGUCGAUAAGUAUCGACAACAUAUACAGGAACAGGGCCCUUUGAUAUCGUUGAUUCGGAACCUUUCUGGAAGUCUCUCCGGCAAUCCAGACCGUUCAAUUUCAAAGAGUCCUAUGUCGUCCGCGUCCUUCCCUCCAUUGGCGCCACUACCAAACCUAGGCGGAGUCCAACGCCCUCCUCCUCCUCCUCAUCCUCUGCAUCCUCCUCCUCCCACUGGGUAUCUCUGUCCUCCAGAUACUGGUUUUCCCAAUCCUCUGGGACCCUCUUAUGCACCGACUGGAACACCUGGUCCGAUUGGCUUGUUCCCACCGCUUUCUAAUCCUGAUCCAGGAACAGGAGCAUUUAACAGGACUGCUGCAGUGGGCUCAGCGUUCUCAUCUGAAUCUACCCAAGGGUUGGCAAGUCUAAACAUUCCUACUACUGGGGACUCUCUUAACUUGUCUGCACUGACACAAACACUACCUCAGUCCUUCAAACCACCAGAGGGGUCUCAAGUACCUGGGGCCGUACUUGGUACCAGCAGUGAGACAGGGACUGGAGUGGCAGAACGAUGGGCUGUGCGUUCUGUAUCAACCAGCCAAGAUUCUGGCCAAGGAAUAGGACCAUCUGGAGGGAGCUCUACAUACCUGCCUCCGCAUCUUCGGGGAUCUUCUCCAGUCAACUCCGCCGUGACGGCCAGAGUAGCAGCUGCAUCAGCUCCAAGUACAAAAACAGAGAAUGAGGAAGGGUUGAUGGCAAAAGAUCAAACUGCUGGAAAGAAUUGGGCUAGUCUUGGUGACGACAUAACCGGGAAGAGCAUGCAGGCAGGACAAACGAUGGAGAAGCCAGAUUUGCUGCGUACUCGUAGUGAUGGGAAAAGUGCCAUUGAUGGGAAAGGAAGAGAGCAAGGGCUCUGUGUAGUUUGCAAUUUGAAGCACAUUAAUGCGGUGCUUAUGGGAUGCGCUCACUGGUGCACCUGUCUGGCAUGCGCUAGCAAGUUGUCCUUGUGCCCGAUGUGCGAUUCUCCCAUAACUGGUAUGCUUCCGGUGCAAAUUGCGGCAGAUAACAGCUCAUCUGGGAAAGCAAACACUGACAACUCUGCAACGGAAACUAUACACCUUGUGUCUGAAUCAGUGUCAGCGUCGGCUUCUGAGAAGGAGCAGGUUGGAAACAAAGUUGCCUUUAACAAUAAUGGGGGACCACGAAUCCAUGAGUCAGCUUACUCUGCAGCAGGUGUGACCAAUAAAGCCGAUGUCGCUGGGGUUGCAAUGUCUGUAUCAUCCGCCCUGACAUCUUUUUAUCCUUCAGGUGGCCACGCUUUCAGUACUUCUCAAGAAGAAAUGGCCCCAUCCAGCACAGCAGAACCCUUGUCAGGGUCUAUGUUGACCCGCUUGCUGCAACCCGAAGAGGCAUCUGGUACUCCAGACUCAUCGGGCAUGGGAGCUCUCGAAGGCACAAUGGCGAAGCCUCCCACUGGGCCACCUUCGGCUUCUGCGCCUCUUUCCACGCUGCAUAAUAGGCCCCCUGUUUCCACUCUAGACCAAAGCUGGCCACCAACUGGCAUGAGUUCAAACCUCGUCAGUGGCUCAGGGAUAACAACAAUGCCACCAAGUUUCAUGGGCACAUCUGGAACCAUGCCGGCGUUCUCGGGAAUGUCGUCAACAGAGCAGGUUCAUCCCCCUCCUCCCUUGCAGUAUCCGCCACAUCCCUCGCACUCACCUUUUCCAUGGCAUCAGGGUCAGUCUUCACAUGCACAGGGGCUUCAUGCACAGCAGCAACCUCAUGACUCAACCUACCGGACAUUCACAUCUCAAGCACCGUAUCCAAAUUCGUCAAUGUAUCUUUCGUACAGUGGCUUGCCUCCGCCCCGAGUAGGUGGGAACCCGAUGGUCUAUUUGCAGUCUCCGGGACUUAUUAGCUCACAGUCAUCUGUAACUGGCAUACCUGUCACGGGUUCGAUUGCACAACCAAUGUUGACAGCUUUCCAGCAGCCCCAGGUCCCUGUGACCAUUCCACCAAGCCCUGCUCCAAGCAACAACAGCAACACUAAUAUGGUCUUGCCGUACCAGGUUCCCGUGACCCAGCUUCCAACAGUCCCAGGGUCCCAUGACCACACCAUCCAGUCCUUGGAAUUUAAUGAAGUGAACUCACAGGGGAUAGUGGCGGCAGGUUCCACAUUGGUACAGCCUGUGGCCCCAUCGACAGCACCAGGGAGCUCACUGUCCAAUGGAGGGGUUGUGCACCAAAGCCAGAGUACCUUGUCUACUGGAGGAGGAUUUGCACCACAGAGCCAGCCUUCCCUGCCCACCGGAGCCGCUAUGCAACAGAGUGUGAGUUUGGCAGCAGUGACCUCAAGCAAUGGGAGUGAGCAAGGAGCUAUUCGGACAGCAUUUCGACGUCCUGGUACAAGCCUUCCGAAGCCAGCCCCGUAUCGUCCACCGGGUGUAUAUCGUCCUCCUAUGUGAACUUUGCAAGUGUCAGUGACAGCAUUUCGACUUCCUGGUACAGGCCUCCCGAUGCCAGCCCCAUAUUGUCCGUCGGGUGUACAUCGUCCUUCUAUGUGAGCUUCGUAAGUCUGUCACUGAAGUUGGAUGUUCUUGCGACUAUUCUAUUUGUUGCCAGAGUCUAAAGGACAAACUGCUGUUCACUCAGCUUGCUAUCACUUAGCACUCAAUUGGUUGUGAGAUUGGGAGUCUCAUUCCACUUGAAACAUCAUGUGACUUAGUUCCAUUGGGAAGAUGUUCAGUCACCCAGCAAGAUGUCUGAUCGGAACAAACUGUGUGCUGCUGCCAUUAUGUUGGGAGGGUGCAGAAGAGAGCAGUUGAGGUGAUGUUUGGAAGAUGUUCAGUCACCCAGCAAGCUGUAUUGAUGGGAAGAAACUGGGUGGUGCUGCCAUUAGGUUGGGAGGGUGCAGAAGAGAGCAGUUGAGGUGAUGUUUGGAAGAUGUUCAGUCAUCCAUGAAGCUAUCUGAUGCGAAUAAACUAGGUGGUGCACCCAUUAGGUUGGGAGGUACUCCUUGAGGGUUAGCGUAUCUUCAACUGGUAACGAUGGUUGGCUGACUAAGGUUUGCAUGGGGUGCAGAUUUGAACAGCACUGGCCUGUUGCACUUCCUUGUUGUACAGCUGCUAUAGAUCAUCACGGGGGAUCACAAGAGAACUGCUCAACAUUCUCUUUCUCUCUCAACGGUUACUACCUUCAAUAGGCGCACGGGGAGGUGUCGAGUAUCUCGCGGCAAUGCUCUUCAUAUUUGGAACACAACGGAGUUCUUUUGUUCUGUGGUCUUCAAGGAGGUCCAUCAUUCUGGCCUAAGGAUUGAAUUCCUAGAUUUACUGGUCACAGGUAACGAAGCCAUCACUUCGAGCUGGUUAGGUCAUUCGGGGGUGCCUCUGCGCAUCAGUCAGAUCCAGUUCAUAUGGAUGGUUACGAAAACAGCAAGCUGCCUUGGUUGGCUAUUGCCAACCAACAUGCCUUGUAGUAGCAGCUGACAACGAAGAUGAAUAAUCACAAGUAUUGGUUGCAGUGUCGGCGAACCGUAGUAGAUGUGUGAUUGGUGCUUGGGUAAGAAUAAUGUACCAUAACCUGAGUGAUUGUGAGGCACAAGGUCAGCUAAUGGUGUCCAGUACUCCUCCGGGUAAAAGGAAAAGGUCAGCAGAGAACCAUACACAGUACUCUGACCGUAGCUUUGUAACUUGAUGGGACCCCAUUUCUUGAGUAAUGGAUCGCACUGCGGGCAGUGCUGGGUCUGAUUCUCCUUUGGCUGUGUUAAAACAAGGAUGCGUUGACUUGUGUUCAGUGGGUUAUGUACUGUUUCAGGUUGAAGUUUCACCACAUUUGAAUACUCCUGGAGGAAAGAGACAAGGCAUGUGUCCGAGAGCCUUCGGUAGGGGAGCUGUUGACGUCCCUUGUUGUUUCUGUUCCCCCCUUUUCAUGUAAAAAGUAGUUGGGUUGUGUAAUUACAAUUGGUGGUUGAAGCUAACCGUAAUCACAACAUGCACAUUUAUUGAAAUGAAAUCUCUCUGAUGACUCUCAAGAGAUAGCAUCGUGCACCCUCGCUACUACUCCCGCUUGUCGUUGUUCUCUUAUUCUCAGCAUACCACCUCU